AAAGGAUUAGUCUGGUAAAAGGCUAAUGGACCACCAGGUAUUUGUUAAAGAAGCGGCUGUGGACUGGUGGUUACACAUACGCUGAAUACAUCAGCAAAGAGUAAGACAAAAGGGAGGUCAACAUAGUGACUAAAAAUGUCAGAUGCCGCUGGAGACCGCGAAGAUCAGUUCACCACGAUAGUGGCCGACGGGAAUUGGAUGUACAUUAAAGGAGAGUAUAAAAAGGCAAUAGAGAGCUUCUCAAUGGCGCUGACAUUAAAACCGGAUGAGAGGGACUGCUAUGUGGGCCGAUCCAAAUGUUACCUGAACAUGGGGAUGUAUGAGAACGCAUUAAGCGAUGCAGAAGCUUCACUCAAAGAGGACACAACAUUUUUCGAGGGAUUGUACCAGAAGGCAGAGGCUUUAUACUACAUGGGAGAGUUUGAAUUUGGGCUGGUGUUUUACCACAGAGGACAAAAACUGCGUCCACAGAUACAGGAGUUCCGACUAGGUAUCCAAAAAACACAGGAGGCCAUAGAGAACUGUGUUGGCAGCCCUUCUUCUGUAAAACUGGAAGUCAAGGGAGAUCUGUCAUUUCUACAAAAAGAUGAGGAGAGGACACAGCCAAUUACUACUGUUGAGGAUCUGACGAAGGGGAAAAAACAACAGACCCAGAAGACCCCUAGGAAUGAGAAGACGACCAAAAAAAUCUUCGGAGAGUUUUAUGAUGACAAGAUAUAUCUGGAAAGUCUGCUGCAAGAUGAAGGCUUGGUAAGAGGCAAGACGAAGGGUGGGGAAAGCCUGAAGGACGUCAUUCGGAGCAGCCUGACAUAUCUGGAUGCUUGCACAGAGUUCUCAAACCAUGAGAAACUUAUCAAUGAACAGGGAAGGGAGAAUAAGACACAACAAAAAUGCAGCAAGUCACGUCCCCGUGCUCCCUCUGAACGUGCUAAUUAUCUGCUGAAGAGCCUGGAUAAAAUUGAUGCAGAGUUGACCUGUGGAAAUGCAGAAGGUAGUCUCAAGAAGGCAAAACAUGUCAUGAAGCUGGUACAGAGAUGGUCUGAGAAAGAGGUACCUAAUAAACAAGAGGUGUUGGGCAGCCUGCACAGUUGCAUUGGGAAUGCUUUGGUCAACCUGGGAGACAUGGACAAAGCCUUAGUCCAUCAUCAAAAAGACUUGGAGUUGGCUAAACAGUGCAACCACUCAGGAGCAAUGUCCAGGGCAAUGGACAACAUUGGCAAAGUCUAUGCCCAAACUGGACACUUCACACUGGCCAUUGAGAUCUGGGAGAAGAAGAUUCCCCUGGUACGCGGUGCUUUGGAGAAGACCUGGUUAUUUCACGAAAUUGGCUGGUGUUACCUGAAGCUUGAUCGCUACGAAGAAGCCAGAGACUAUGGCGUGCGUUCACUUGCUGCGGCUGAUGAAAUUACUGAUUACAAAUGGCAGAUAAAUGCCAAUGUGUUGGUGGCACAAUCCGAAAUGAAACUUGGAAACUUGGAAUCUUCUGUCGCCAGCUUCGAGAGAGCCUUGACCCAAGCCGAACUACAAGAAGACGACUAUGUCAUGAAUUCUAUUCAAAAGGCUCUUGAUGAAGCAAAGCACCAGCUGUCACAAUAAGGAUGUCACCACUCAAGACACCAACACGGUUUCACCUAAGAUCAAGAAUUAGCAAAGUAACCCAACCACCCAUCUUCACCAAUCCAGCUCCACCUUGGGUGAUGCGUUCAGAUGCCUUGAAAUUCAAGCACACAGUGAGAAGAACAACAAAGACCCUAAGCUAUACAAAUCCAAGUCGAAGGUGACAAUGGUGAUGCAUGGGGCAGUACAAAUAUUGUUCCAGAGUCAGACUCCAAGGGGGCUUCCAGGGCUGCUUCUUAAAGGCAUCAGGAAGGUGGGGGAUAGUCAAAUGCAUCUGAUCGAAUGAUUAAAUGAUCAAAGGAUUACUGUAGUUUAAAAUGAUCAAAGGAUUACUGUAUUACAGUGAUCAAAAGAUUAUUGUAUUGAUAAUGAUCAAAAGAUUACUGUAGUUCAACUUAACAAAGGAUCCCCUUAUUUAAAGGGAAAUGGACCACAGGUAAAUGCAUUUAAGAAGCAGCUUUUGAAUGCUUAUACAUGCACUGAAUAAAUCGACGAAGAGUAAGACAAAAGAGUGGCCAAACAGGUGAGAAAAUGAAGUGAAGAAGAUGAAAGGGAAAUAAGACAUGAUGAAUUGCUAUUAAAGUAGUUUGUUUUUUUACCUGAAUACUUAUUGUAAAUCUGCUGUCUUAUAGAACCAUUAGUGCCCUUGAAAAGUAACAGCCAUGUCAAUAAAGUUGGCCCUUUCUGGAUCUCC